AUGGCUACCCUCAUUGGUUGCUCCAGGAGUAUCUGCCGAUAUCCCGGCGUUUUCCAGCGUUGCCUGGCGCUCUCUGGCGUUCGCUUUAAGGUGAUCAUGGCCAGCAUCGAACAGACUUUAGAUGUCAAGCGGCGAAUUGAUGAGACCAGAAAACAAGCCUUGUUAGGAGGAGGAUUGCAGCGUAUAGAGACGCAGCACAAGAAGGGAAAACUGACUGCUCGUGAGAGGGUACAGUUGUUGGUAGAUGAAGGCAGUUUUAUCGAGUAUGACAUGUUCUUAGAACAUAACUGUGCUGACUUUGGCAUGGAGAAACAAAAGUACCCAGGUGAUAGUGUUGUCACAGGUCGUGGACUUAUCAACGGACGUACAGUGUUUGUAUUCAGCCAGGAUUUCACUGUGUUUGGAGGAAGCUUGUCUGGGGCGCAUGCCAAAAAAGUUUGCAAGAUAAUGGACCAAGCAGUAUUGGUGGGAGCUCCAGUGAUAGGGCUCAACGAUUCAGGUGGUGCUCGGAUUCAGGAAGGGGUGGAGUCACUGGCGGGUUAUGCAGACAUCUUCCAG